CCAGGCGCCAGAAGCUUUGCCUCGCCAUCGCCCGCAGCCCCCAAACCCCAGGUCCUCUCAGCCGCCUCCACGCCGUCGCCGUCGCCGCCUUGCCGGCCGCCCCUCCCGCCGCGCACCGGCCUCCCGCCGUUCGCGCGUGAUCCUCUAUCAUCUGAUGGCCGCCACUACGCGGCCCUUCCUCGCCUGAGCCUCGUCCGCAGCAGUCACUGGCCGCCGGGGAGUAGCAUCUCCCUGUUUGUCCUGAAGCUGGCGCCGCGUAGUUUCCGCCAUGAACAACCACCUCCGCGCCGCAUUGAGGGCAGCUCGGCUCCGGUGGGCUCCCAACGUCCUCGGCAAGCCCCCCAGAGUCCCGCCGUGGGAGCCCUCCAGCUCGGGGCAUGUCCAGAAAUCGUACCCGGCAUCGGGCUGGGCUGCUGCUCCGACCGUGAUCCGACUGCGGCUCUACUCAGCCGCUCCCAACCGCGCCCGGGCGAAAGCCUUGGUGGGUGGCCAUGCGGAUGAUGAUGAUGAUGAUGAGGUGGAUCCGCAAGUCAAGCAAAUGCAGAAGCGGCGCGAGUUCCGCGCCGCGCAGAAGACGUUCAUGGAGUACCUCCAUGUCACGCGCGGCAUGACCUUCGGCGACGCCGAGCAUAUAAGCAAGCACUCGCCGGUGUUCCUGACCAAGCUGCUGGAGGAGGUGAAGGAUGCUGUGAAGGAGCCCGCCGAGGGGGGGACCGAGUUGAUCUUCAAGUCGCCGGUGAAGCGGAGGGAAAUGAGGGAUCAGCGGGUCAGCAAGGCGCUGGUGCGGCUGUUCCAGUUCAACCCCGUCAACGAGUUCGAGCCCUUCCUGGAGAGCAUCGGCAUCGGGCCGGCCGAGUGCGGCUCCUUCCUGCCCCGGGACCUCAUGUUCCUCGCCGACGACGAGACGCUGCUCGAUAACUUCCGCGUGCUCUGCAACUACGGCGUUGCGCGCGGCAAGGUUGGGAACAUAUACCGGGACGCCGUUGAGGUGUUCAGGUUUGGUCAUGGUGUCCUUGAGUCUAGGCUCAAGGCCCUUGAGGAGCUUCGGAUCAGUAAGACCAGCGUGAUCAAGCUCGUGGUUUCGACUCCUGUUGUAUUGCUUCGUGACCCGAAUGCGGAGUUGAAGAUCCUCGACUCGCUAGAAGACGUUGGAAUCCAGCGGGACUGGGUUUGUCAAUUCUUGUCUGCUCGGCAGUCUUAUGAUUGGAGGAAGAUGGUCCGAGUUCCACACUUCUUCGUUACCUUGGGAUUUGCUAAGCAAGAUGUUGGCAGAUUGGUCAGGAAAAAUCCAGAUUUCUUGUUGGAUGGCUCAGGAAAGAUGCUGUUUACAGUGGUUAUCAUGAUGCUAAAAGCGGGAUCCGGAAAAAAAGAGUUGUUUGAUCUUUUUGUCAACUUCCCAGAUGUGUCUCUCGAGAAGUUCACAAGUAACCUACAGAGGGGAAUGCUGUUUUUAGCUGAGAUUGGCUUAAACAAUGAAGCUAUUAACAAGUUCAUUGUUUCUCAUGGAUCAAUGCUCGGAUCUGCGCCACUGAAGAAGCCAAACAGCAUUCUCACACAUCUCAAUGCGGGGAAGAAGCGCGUGCGCAGGAUUAUAUUGGAGGACCCGGAACUGUUGAUGAAUUACACGUUGGGGUCAAAACUCAGCAAGCUACCAAAAUGUGACCCCUUUGAAGAUUCUUUCAAUGAGAAAACAAAAUUCUUGAAAAGCAUAGGAUUUGUUGAAGGCUCUGAAGACAUGAAGAAGGCAUUCAAAGCUUUCCGUGGUAAAGGUGACGAGCUACAAGAUCGCUACAACUUCUUGGUGAGUGCUGGGCUCAACCCAAAAGAUGUAGUACAAAUGAUCAAGGUGGCUCCACAGAUUCUGAAUCAGAAGAUCCAUGUCCUCGAGUCAAAGCUAUCCUUCCUUGUAAACGAUUCAGGGUAUCCUCUGAGUGAUCUGGUUGUUUUCCCCGCGUUCCUGUCGUUUACCAUAGAACGAUCCAAAGUCAGGAUUUUCAUGUACAACUGGCUGUUAGAAAAGGGGGCGGUUACUCCUCAGCUAGCUCUAAGCACGAUCCUAGCUUGCUCAGAGAAAUGUUUCGUGAGAUACUUUGUGAAAAAGCAUCCCAUGGGCCCUGAAGUUUGGGAAAACUUCAAGAGGGAAGUAGCUAAAGCCAGAAGCAAUCCUUCUACUUCGGAUGAUUAGCAUCCGGUUGUUUGAUAAUUUUUUUUGGUCAUGUGGAUGGUGUUUUUGCUAUCCUGCAGAUUGAACUGGUUAGCCUGUGCUGGUGAUUAUUCCAGGCAGAAGAUUUAGCAAACCUCUGCAUUGAACUUUUGGAUCAUGCUAUGAAAACUUUGACACAUUAGAGUUUGUUCAGCUCGGAGAAAUAUUAUAAAUGCUUCAGUCUCA